CUGGGUAAGAGGUGUGUCUGCCGGAGCCGUGCUUGCCACGCAGCAUCCCUGAGCCGAUCUGCAUCGGCGCUUGCCAUCCCUGAGAUGGGCUCUCCUGGCUGGGCUGAGGGCACGAGUGGACACAGACGGAGCUGAGCCUCUCCAUGCGAUGCCAGCAUGGUGUCCAGGCUCCCGUGCCCUCACUGCGGGACAAGGACAUCACUCAGCUGCCCGCAGCGAGCCCCUGGCAGGUUCCCCGCCACCGGGCACGGCGAAGCCAGCUCAUUUCCCUGCCAUUCUCCCCUUUUCCUCCCCCUUGUUUGGCUUUUGGCAGCGGAGCCGUGGUGGUGGCUGGGGCGCGCGGUGCUGGGGAAGGGCUGCCAAGCUCCAGCAGCCCCCCGGCCCCCCGUGCCAAGGCUGGUGGCUGGCAGAAGGGCUGCCUGCGCCUGGUGGGGCUCCGUCAGCUGCGGGAGGAUCCCUGCGCCGCGCUCGCUGCCAAUUUCCCUGCGAGCUGGCACCGUGAGCGGCUCUGGAGGCACCGGCGGAGAAGGCUGGGGAGGACGGAUUGUGAAAGGGAGAGAGGAAAAAAAACAACUAAUGGACACAUGCCAUCGCUGGAGCGGCGAGGCUGCCGCUGCCAAGGCGCCAGCAGGCAGCGCGGGGCCAAAACCCGCCGCGGCGGAGAGAGGAGGGUCUGGCAGCCCAUCCUGGCGCGAGACACAUGGAGGACGGGCAGCGCGGCAGCGGCACAGCAUGGCCAAGGCAGGACGGGUGGCAGACGGUGGAGCCAGAGCGGAGAGAGAUCCCCAGCCCCAUGGGACAAGGCUGCUGGAUGGAGACCCCCCUGCCUGGUCCCUGAUGCCACUGUGCCACCCACCAGCCAAGUCAUGGGACAGUCCUAGGAUGGGGGCUCAUGCCUUGGGCCGUGCAAUGUGGUGGAUGUGGAUGUGCUGCCAGUCUGGUCCUUGUAGGGAUGCAUCAACAACUGCCAGGACCCAACCCACCGGGACGUGGUGAUGAGGAUGGGAACCCCUUUACAACCCUCCUGUAGCCACUGGGUUUCAGCAUCACCAGGAGUGUGUUCAGGCGAAGGAAGAGGUUUAUCCAUGUGGAGGCUUAUCCAUCCAAACACCAGCGCACAUGGAGCUUUACCAAACACACUCAGGCCUGGACAGCUGCCACAGGGGCCAGGAUUUGACCUGGGGAGAAGAAGUGUGCUCCCAGCCAUGCUCCAGACCAUGGGAGCAUGGAGGCUGACAGUGGCAUCACCAGUGAGGACCUGCAUGGACACACCAAGGUCCCCAAGCUGGGAGCUCUGGGCGCACAGGGCUCAGCUCCACAGCACGGGGCCAUCCCACCCCUCCAUCCUCAGGCUGGGAAUUCGGCUGGGAAACCUUAUAACCAGUUGGUUUUGGAGCAGGAGGCGAGAAGCAGGAGGAAGGUGCUGCGGGUGCUGCGGGUGCCCCUGCACAGGCAGGGCGAUGGGUGCUGCCGGUCACUGCCAGGUUACAUCUGCUGGGGCACGCAAGAGUGACUCCAGAUGCAUUAGAAGUGCCGUGCUCCAAUUUCAAUUUCAUCGUCUCACAAUCAUUUUCAGGCUCCUCUUAGUGCCACAUUAACGAAGCCUGCUCGUUUGAAUGCAUAAUUAGCCCAAGCAUUCUACCUCGCUAAUUUCGAAGCAAGGCGGGGGGGGGGGGGGAGAGAGUUGGGGAGGGGGAAUUUGCAUAUUAAUUUAGUAGAGGGAGAGAAAAACUGUUUACCACUUGCUUCUUGCUGUUGAUCACAGCGGACUUAACUCUUUCCCGGGUGCCAUCUGGAGCUGCAGAGCCGGGCGCCCAGCCGGCACGUGGGAUGGGAUGCAAAGGUUACAAUGGCAGCAAUUAAAUCCUCCCUCCGGCCAGACCACCCUGGUUACCUUUACUACUGGGAGCACUGGGGCUGCAGCUCCUGGGAGCACCAGCCAGGCGAAGGGCAGCCAAGGUGGAGGUACCAGCUCCAAGGUGCAGCCCUACUCCCAGUGUGGCCCUGGGGUGAAAAGUGCCAUCGUCACCCACACCCCAAGGCAUCAGGGUCCAUCCUGGGUCUGUCUCUGCCACCCUUGGCAAAGCUGGUGUGGUGCCAGCCACAGGGAUGCCCAACAGCAUCACCCGUCCUGCAAAGGGAUGGCUUGGUCCGUGCCAAGAGCACCCUAUGCCCCUCAGUGUGCCACCUCCAAGGGGACAGCUCUGUGCCCACAUCCCUCUUUUUAGCAUCACCCACCCAUAACACAAUGUCAGAUGUUCACAGAUGCCAUCCCCAACAGACCUUUUGCAACAGGGUAGCUCACGGCAUUGGUGUGCAUGGGAUGCCCAUAGAGAUGAUGCGCACCCCCAAAGCACCCAUGGGCUAAUGUGGGCAGGCUCGCUGAGCACUGACAACUUGCUACAUCCCACCCCCCACCAUCUCUCUUUGUUUGGGAGUCUGUGGGCAUCUUGAGGCGAGGAUGGAGGUAAUUUGUCUGUCUCCUGCAGCGGGCUGUCAUCUCACAUCUGUGAACCAGUUCUAUUUGCACUGCCAUUAAAAAAUCUCAGGUCUGACAGGUAGUAAAAAAAAAAAAAGUAAAAAAUAAAAGAGAGAAAAGACUGAAAGAAAAAUAAAAAGCAGCUGAGGAACUCCUGGGCAACAGGAUGCUGCAAAUAUCGUGGGCUUGCCACAUCUGCAACCACCUUCAAACCCAGAGCUGCAACGAGCCAUAUUUUGGCCUUUGGACAAUCCCCAUCUCAUCUGGGCUUUGAAUCUCCAUCCCCAUCUCAUCUGGGCUCCCCAAAAGAGCUUAUUCACCCCUAGCCCCGACCAUCCACCCCGUCUCACUGGCUUGGAGCCAUCCCAGUGCGUCACAGUGAUUUGGGGAACAGCCUCCGUCGCUGGCACCCCAUUCUGGCUCCUGCAUCCGAGCUGGCACACAGAGAUGUGCAAGGGGUUUAUCCUGCACCCAUGCAUGCUACCAGGUCAUGGAGCCACAUGGCUGGAGGACAUCCCACAUGUGGGAAUGGGGUCUCCGACAUGGCCAGAGCAGUGCCAGUGCUGCCACGAGGCAUGGGGCUGGCUCGCAGAGGGUUAACAGUUGAUUACAGCCUUUGUCUCUGCAUCAGUGUACAUAAUGCGCCCCGCAUUUGCAUACUGCAGUGUGCGCUCAAUUAAAAUGAACUUUUAAUUUCUUC